CAAUGAAUCAGGUAUAAUGACUCCAUAUCACAACGCUUUUCUGACAGCUGGUGUACGGAAGAAGUCAUCUGGUUACAUAUCUACAGCAGGCAGAAAGCUAAGCCAUACGUUAUGCAGACCUUCUGAACCAAGGUUUGCUAAUGUCAAUCAGCAAAAGAUGAGUCAUCUGGAAAAAGGCUAUAACCAUUUUUCUUCUAGGAAUCCCAUAGAAUCUCUCCAGCAUUGGCAACCACGUUAUCACAGUGACUUCAAUUGCCCAAUAUGCCUCCAAACAGCAACUUGCCCAGUAGAAACCAACUGUGGACAUAUCUUUUGUGGUUCCUGCCUGAUAACAUACUGGAAACAUGGGUCCUGGCUAGGAGCAAUCAGCUGCCCCCUCUGCAGACAAAAAGUGACUCUUUUGGAUAAUGUCUUCUGUGAAAAUCAACAAAAUAAGCCAAGCAAACGGACUGUACAUGAGAUCAGAGAUUACAACAAGCGCUUCUCUGGACAACCUCGACAGUUUGCAGAUUACCUUUAUGACAUGCCGCUGCUUCUACAUCUCGCCUUACGAGGAAUCUUCACCCAGGGUGGUCUCAUAAGGAUCUUCUUCCUAAGAGUCAUUAUUUGCUCCCUGGGAACCAUCAUGUGCUUAUCUUCUCCAUUUGACAUAAUGCCUGAACCCCUUGGUGGAGUCCUUGGAGCAGUUGACGACUUAGUGGUUGUUUUCCUCUUUUUGAAUUGCAUGAUAAACAUUUGCCAGCAAAUUGAAUCAGAGGGAGUAAGUAUGACAAGUUCUGCGACGCAGAGUAUGCUAUCAGAAUCUUGAUCGACUCAAACUCUCAUUUUUCAAAGAGCUUCCAUCAAAUGGUUACAGGCGUCUCAAAGACGUGGCGGUAGUGUAUGAUGAAUUUGUUUUUGAAGAACAAUCUAAUGCUGCAUAUGGUGAAGUAAGGCUCAGAGACAUUUGUCACAACCAAGUCAUUUGUUUCCAUAUGUCUUGCAAGCCUGAUUUUCUAUACAACUGUGUAUAUACUGAGCUGCUUCAAAAUAAAUCGGCCUUUUUUACAUAACUUAUUUUACCAUAUAGGGUACCUGAAGUGCCAGUGCCUGAGAGCUAUACACAAGACCUAAAAUUACAAAGCAGGCACUUUAUAUCUGAACAGUGGGUUUUUUAAUUCAACCUAUUUCAAUUGAACUAACCUGGGUUUUUGUCUUGGGUAUAGUAUAGAGACUGCCUUUUGGCCCUGCUCAACCAUCUUUGCCUGGAGACUGACAGGGGAACCCUACCCUGUUCAUCCUAUUCAGUUUCUUACUGGUGUGUGAUACAGCUGGCUAUGAGGUGCUGAUAAUGCAUUUAUACAACCUGGUGGGGGUUCGCAGGACCAUUCUUCCUUGGCUCCACAGGGAGAUCCCAGAUAGCGAUGAUGAGCAAAUGCUCAUUGUCUCCCAGUAGCUUUCCAGGUGUGAGUCAAGGUGCUGGUUUUGACCUGAAAAUCCCUUUAUGGACUGGGCCCUAUAAGGGAUUUCCUCUUUCUUUGUGUUCUGCCAUGGCAUCUGAUGUCAGCUGAGAGCAACCCCUUACAAGUGCUGUCUAUGCACCAAGUUCACUUAAUGAAAAUACAUGGGAGGUUGCAGUAGGUCAGGGGUUGUCAACCGGGGGUAUGCGUACCCCCAGGAAUACUUGGGAAGGCCCUAGGGGGUAUGCGCAGGC